AUGGCAUUCACUAAAUCGGCUUGGAGCCUUGUGCUCAGCGCUGGCCUGUCCGCCGCCCUGACCCUGUCCCCUGUCCCGCCCCAGGUGGACGGUGCCUGGGUUGUAUCCGGCAUUUCUUUCUGGAAGUCGGCCAAGUACACCUUUGAGAAUGGCCUGCCCGAUGGCUUGCAGAUCGCCAACUGGGAUACCGGUCUCAACUGGCGGGCUGAUAAGGCAAACGCCAAGUUCAACAACGGGUAUCUGGAGCUCUGGGUCCCUGGUGGCCAGAACCCGCCGGCCGGCACCAAGUAUGUCGGUGCUGAGGUGGACACGCUCGAAAGCAAUAUUGCAUAUGGCAGCUUCCGCACCGUUGCUAUCCUGACUGAGACCCAUGGUGUUUGCAAUGGCAUGUUCACCUAUGGCGGCAACACGCAAGAGUCCGAUAUUGAGUGGCUCUCAGACCCCAGCAACACGUCCGACCGCGGCGUCAACCACUUGUGGAUGACCAACCAGGCUGUCAACGGUAACGAUGCUGACAAGACGUCCAUUCCUGUGGCCAAGCCCGCCAAUCCCUUCGAGGAGCACGAGUACCGCAUCGAUUGGCUCUACGACCGCGUCGAGUGGUAUGUCGAUGCCGUCAAGGUGGCUGAGACGGACAAGAACAUCCCAUGGCAAGGCUGCGUAUUUGCCGUCAACAACUGGUCCAACGGCGACAUCGGUUGGUCGGCGGGCCCACCUGCACAAGACGCAGUGUUUAAGGUCAAGUCUAUUGAGAUGUACUAUAAUACUCUGUGA